CGAAAUAAAAUAAGAUCAGCAUACCUAUUAUAUUUUUUUCCUUUCGUUUCGUAACAAACAUAUAACGAUACCACCCAAGCACAAGAAGAUAAAGUCCAUCAAGUAUCAGGUCAGUGGUAUUUCCCAUUAGUGUUUAGGCUUGGCUUUCAAAAAUGGCUCUUCACUCUAACAAAAGUGUUGGCGAAUUACGCUUCAAAGAUGACGGCUUUCCGACAGCUACAUCUAAAGAACAACAAGCCGUAGAACUUAAAAUAGCAAAGAAUUACUACUCCUAUCUCGCUGUGAUGGAUUUAGAUCCAGAGAUCCCUCUAAUUCGACAAAAACAUUUAAACUACGUUCGCCGGGGUCUUGUUCGAUUAUCCGAUUCGUACGAAUGUCUGGACGCUAGCCGGCCUUGGCUCUGCUAUUGGAUGUUACACUCAUUAAAACUGCUCGGCGAAGAGGUGCCGCUGCAACAAGUCUCUGACAUAGUUGGUUUUCUUCGCCGGUGCCAACACCCGGAAGGUGGAUUUGGUGGCGGUCCGAACCAAGUUCCACAUUUAGCGCCGACAUAUGCCGCUGUGUGCGCUCUUAGCAUCCUGGGCACUGAAGAAGCUUAUAAUGUAAUAGAUAGGCCGGCAUUGUAUAAUUUCAUUAUGCGCUGCCGAAAUCUUGACGGCGGAUUCCGUAUGCAUGUUGAUGGCGAGGUUGACAUCAGAGGAGCAUACUGCGCUGCUGUUUCAGCAUCUAUAACAAACAUUCUUACACCAGAAUUGUUUGCGGGGACUGCUGAUUGGCUAAAGUCUUGUCAGACAUACGAGGGAGGAUUUUCAGGUGAGCCUGGUCUUGAGGCUCAUGGAGGUUACACCUUCUGUGGCUUUGCAUGUUUGGUACUUCUUGGCAAAGAACACAUCGUCAACCUAAAACAGCUCUUGCGUUGGGCAGUAAACAGGCAAAUGAAAGCCGAAGGAGGCUUUCAAGGCCGCACCAACAAAUUAGUUGAUGGCUGUUACUCAUACUGGCUUGGUGGACUAUUUCCUUUGCUACACAGCGUACUGGAAGCCAAACAAGACAAUGCCAUAAGCCAGGAAAAGUGGAUGUUUGACCAGGUGGCUCUACAGGACUACGUGUUAGUUCAGUGCCAAUACCAUGCGGGGGGUUUGAUCGACAAGCCUGGAAAGAGUCGGGAUUUCUACCACACCUGUUACUGCCUGUCUGGCCUGUCUGUUGCACAACACUUCAUGCUUGGACACAGAAUGAACCGGAACAUUGUCGGUGGUGAACACAAUUUGUUAAAGCCUGUUCAUCCAGUAUAUAAUAUAUGUAUUGAGAGUGCUGUAGAGGCUAAAAAAUAUUUCAAAUCUCUUCCAGAAUUGUAACAUUCAUAUAAAUAUACUGAACUGAGGAAUUCUUGAUUAUCAAAAGAGAGAAAUUGGGAACUUUUGUAUUUCAUAUUAAAGUGAACUCCAUUUUGAAUUGUUUACCAGGCCUAGUUAAUUCUGGUUAUCUGUGUCAGAAGUGCAUAAUACUUCAUAAGUUUUUUUCAUAAGAAACUGAUAGCGUUUACGAACUUAAUUAAAUACUUGAAUCCAA